CAUAAUUGUUGAUGUAGGUUCUGCAUUGUGAACAUUUUGUGUUUGUUGCGUAUGUCCGGUGGAAAUAAUAUGGGAAUGUACGUACGUUUGCGACGCACUGCGCCGGAGUGCUUCGGAGAGUUCAGACGUGAAACGCGAUCGACGCUUGUGUUAAAUUCAGCACAAUGCCAUCUCCAGACUACAAUGUGGAUUUGGACCUCGGGGAGCCCCCACCGGAAUUGCAGGAGUACGCUCGUCUACAGUGUGGCGAAGACCCUAACUCGCGACUACAAAACAUUUACGAACUUAGAGAAAUGAUAUAUGAGCGAGGCGAAUGCACUCCGCAUCGUAUGGACGAUGAAUUCUUGUUAAGAUUUCUACGAGCUCGCAACUUUAUCCCACAAAGAGCGCAUCGACUGAUGGUGAAUUAUUACCAGUUUAAAGAGGACAAUCCGGAGUUAUUUGAAAAUGUUUACCCCUUAGAUCUUAGAAGGAUAGGAGAUGCAAAUGUCAUAGCUGUGCCUCCCUAUCGUGACCAAACAGGACGAAGGUUACUUCUCUAUAGAAUUGGUUGUUGGGAUCCUAAAACGGUUGCAGUUGACGAUAUUUUUAAAGCCACAAUAUUUGCGCUUGAACUUGGAAUGCUAGAGCAACGCACUCAGAUACUGGGAGGGGUGGCGUUGUUCGACUUGGAGGAUUUGAGCACACAACAUGCCUGGCAAAUCACUCCUACAGUAGCGAGUAAAAUCGUCAAACUUCUAGUGUCAAGCUUUCCUGCAACGACUCACGCCAUACAUGUGAUCAACCACUCGUGGAUAUUCGACACGAUGUACAAUAUAUUCAAGCCGCUGUUAACAUCCGAGAUGCGUUCCAGGAUCUAUUUCCACGGUUAUGACGUCACAUCUCUUCAUAAACAUAUUCUUCCUAAUUACUUACCAGAAAGAUAUGGAGGCAUCUGGCCCGAUUACCCGUACACGAUUUGGCUUGAAUCGUUAAAGAAAAAUUAUGAUGUCGCUAAAGAAGUUUUAGCGUGUGGAUAUAAGUUUCGGGAGGAAGAAAUUUGUCCCGAAGUAGUAAGACGGCUCAAACAGGAAGGCAUAAAGUUAUCUUAAAUGUGGGACAAAUUACGUGACUGCCAUCAUUUUACGCAGUUUCGCUCCAAUGUAAAAAAUAUAUAAUAAUAAAAUUAUUUUUAUGUUAAGUCUGAAUUAGGCGACCUGUUUUGGCUUUGUUAUUUAAAUAAGAAUUAUAAGGUAUUAUUAUUUUAACUUUUACUCUUUAAAAUAUUGUUUUUGUUCUUAUUUUAUUGCUUAGGGACUUUUUUAAAUUCAUUCUAUUGAUAUUAACGAAGACGCCAAUUUCAAAAGUCAAUCAAUAAGUACCGAAUAAUUUACCGUUGUAUGACUUCACCAAUAAAUUCACUUCAUUCAGUAAAUCGAUUACGACUGAUGUUUAGUCCUAAUCGAUUUAUUGAAUUUAUAAAAUAAGAAACAAAUUAAAGUGUAGUCCUUAGAUAAUAUAAAUAUUUUAUUAUAAAUUAAUUUCCAUUUUGUAAGAUUAUAAUAUUUUAAGAUUCGUCAAAAACCUGUGAUACAUUGUAUGCAUCGUUGGGAUCAGCUUGCAUUUUAAGUUAACAAGUAAAUGAAAAACAAAACUAAUGUUUAUCCAUAUGACUCAUCGUCCUUUAUAUUGAUCACAAUCUAAGCUUGUCCUUGUGUAUGCAGUCAUUUGUUUAUAAUUUAGAUUAAUUUGUAAGCAAUAGUUACAAAUUAAGAGAUAAGAUUAAUCUGAAAACGCAUUAUUAUUGUAACAACUCUACUCGAUAAUAAAAACUUAAGUAAUUAA